CAGUCAUUCAUUGCGAUCAUCCGGGGGUAACUUGUUGAUAUCUGACAGAGUUGUCCUGUUGGUGGAUCUCGCUUCAAAUCAGAACAGGUCUUGAUCACUUUGAAAUAGCGUGCAAAAUGUCUGAUGGUCCAGCAGUAAACAGCGAGGAAAAAGACAUGAUUGACUCGUCUUUAUCAUCCUCGGGCGGCCAGAAACCUCUCAUACACCAUGAGAGAAAUCGUUGUCUUCUUGGCUCGGUAAUAAUUACGAGUUUGCUUCUUAUUUGGGGCGUUUCUUUGCUUCCUACCAUUUUUUACGGGAACAAACUGCCAGCUCCACACAUAAACAUGAGCAAUCAAACUAUGCCAGUGCCUCACUACCCGUGUAGCCAUCCUCUUAUAUUAAACAAAAAAACAAAGAUGUGUGAACCUCCAUGUCCGUGGGUGACAUUAACCUCUGCUGAGGACUUUGCCAUGGAAGUGGUGGACAACUUAUCUAUUUCUGUGAGCUUGUUGGGUUUUAUCAUAAUCCUUGCCACUUGGAUCAGGAUCAAACAGCUGCGGCGUUUUCCUCAUAUAAUUCCAUUGUACAUUCAAGGCUUACAAUCAGCCAUUGCUUUCCUGCUCGCUGUAGCUAAUGGUAUGGGAAGAGAAAAGGCCUUCUGCAGCAGUAAGUUUUACUCUGAGGUUCAGUUGAACCCCACAACAUUUUGCACUGCUCAAGGGGUGUUGAUACACUACUUCUCUGUAGCUUUGUCGCUGUGGUUUGUGGUUUACAGCAUCAAUUUACUUCAGAUGAUUUGUUCUGGCAAUGUUGUUAGCCUGCAAGGAAACACUUACAAAGUGAUGCAUGUGGUGUGUUCUUUAACUUGCUGGCUUCUUCCUUGGAUUCCUGUGGGUGUUGUACUGGGCUCCAAAUCUACUUCAUACCAGCCAUUUAAUAUGCGUCUCUGUUAUCCUAUUGGUUCCAGAGGCACAGGGUUUUUUACAACAGCUUUCAUAACAGCAGUGUCCCAGGGAGUUGGUUGCACCUGCCUGUUCUUUGUUGUGUACAAGCUCUUCAUGCAACGUGACAUUUCCACGGUCAUUGGUAAACAAGCUGAACUGAGGAAGAAGAAGAUGAAUAAGGUGGUGAAGCGCCUGGUGAUUCUCAUGAUUGGAUAUGCUGUCAUCAUGGCUCUCGCCUAUAUUCCAGUCUGUAUAAUGCAGCAACAUUCCAAACUACUGGAAUAUUACACAAACCAGUAUUUUUCUUGCUUGAUGUUUUCACCCCCUGGCCAUUGUCCCAAAACCUAUGAGAAGUAUGCGUUUUCCCGUGUCUCUGUUGUGUCUACCCUGUCCUCAGCAUUUUUCGCCUUGAUAACUGUGUGUUUCUUGGCAUUUAACAAGCAAUCACGCAAACUGUGGAGCUUUUGGUGGUUCAGAAUACAAUCCUGUUGCGGUGGAAACAGCCAGUGAUAAGUAUGAGGUGGAGGUGAAUAAUGGUGGAUAUUUACUAGUCUGCAAAAUGGCAAGUUAAGGUGGCCAAACACGGUUUUUGCGCGCACUUUUGCUGAUGCAAUUCAGCGCACGCACAAGGAUUGGAAAAAACAA